GCUGCUGCUGUGCCGUCCUGCGACGUCGCUAGUUCUAGCUACAAUUACUGGAGGAGGCCUAAGUUUGUGGGAGGAGAGAAGCAAACGUACCAGCACUAGCACCUCAUUAAAGUGAUCACUGUAGCACGACGACUCAGAGAGAGAGAGAGAGAGAGAGAGAGAGAGAGAGUCAUGCUGUGGUAGCUGUGUAAAUCAGGGUUGGCAAGUGUGGUUUGCUCCCCGGUGGUGGACUGGUGGCCUGCCCUCACAAGUCGCAACCGGCCGAUGGCAGAGCGAUCAAAAGUGGAAGCUAGCAAGCAAGAAAAGGAAACGCUACCUCCUUCUCCAUCCAUCCACUUUCUAGAUUCUAGUCGCUCUCUUCUUCAGCUACCAUAGCUUGCUUGAAAAUAAAGUGCAUGCGUGCAGCUAGCUCCUCCCAGCAUGCAGUGAACCCAUCUUGAUCAUCACUGAUAAGAAGCGAGUGAAGGAAUCCAAGCAAGCUGUUAGCUCAUACAAGGGGUGCCAGGGUUGGAGCCCAGCAGCCCAGGCAUCUGCCAUAAGCCUCCGGUGCUUGUUCAAGACAGAAGGCGUGUCCGUCGAGCUGCUGACUGGCCGGCCGCCGCGGCUGGAAUGGAGGAGCAGCUGAGCCCGCUGGCCGUGACGCACCUGCUGCAGCACACGCUGCGCAGCCUCUGCGCCCACGACGACGCGCAGUGGGUGUACGCCGUCUUCUGGCGGAUCCUCCCCAGGAACUACCCGCCCCCCAAAUGGGAUCUCCAUGGCGGCAUCUACGACCGGACCAGAGGGAACAGGAGGAACUGGAUCCUGGCAUGGGAGGAUGGGUUCUGCAACUUCGCGGCGUCUGGCUGUGACCACGAGGGCACAGCUGCUCCUGCCACCGCCUACACGGAGCGCGCCGCCGGGCAGGAGGCCAACCAGCAGCAGGGCCUGCAGCCGGAGCUCUUCUUCAAGAUGUCCCACGACAUCUACAACUACGGCGAAGGGUUGAUAGGGAAAGUGGCAGCCGACCACAGCCACAAGUGGGUGUUCCAGGAGGCUCAGCCGCCGCAGGAGCACGAGAUCAACCUCAUCUCCUCAUGGAGCAACCCUGCCGAUUUUCAUCCGAGGACCUGGGAGGCCCAGUUCCAGUCUGGUAUCAAGACCAUUGCUCUGAUCGCCGUCAGAGAAGGCGUCGUGCAGCUCGGCUCCUUGAAGAAGGUGGCGGAGGACCUGAGCUACGUGGUGAUGCUGCGCCGGAAGUUCGGGUACCUGGAGAGCAUCCCGGGGGUGCUGCUUCCGCACCCGUCGUCGGCCGCGUUCCCGGCGGCCGGGUGCGUCGGCGGCGGCCCCGCGGAUGCGGCCUGCGGCUGGCCGCCGGCCGGCCUCGUAGUGCCGCAGAUGGACCUCUGCUACGACCCCUACGGCGGCGGCCAGGCCACAACCGCGGCGCAGAUGUACAUCGUGCCGUCGAUGAGCAGCCUGGAGGCGCUGCUGUCGAAGCUGCCCUCCGUCGACCCCGCGUCGGCCGCCGGCGACAUGGCCAAGCACGAGGCGGACGCCGCGGACCGCGGCGAGUGCCACGGCGCCGGCGCGGUCGACGUGGCCGCGGGGAGCGGCGGUGUCGCCGCCGCCACAGCGUCCUACUACGUCAACGUGGCCAGCAAGCCCGGCGAGGGCUUCUAGUCCGUCCCCGUCUCCUCUCCGUCCGUCCCUAGUCGGCGCGCGCGUGAUGCAGUGCAUGGGCCGGCCGGUCAGCUAAGCUAGUUGCGCGUAGGCGUCAGGCCGGGCAGGCGGGCGUGGUAGUUAGUUGCGGUGUCCCUUUUCCGGGGAGGCCGCUGCAUCGCAUGAUUGCUCGGCGCGGAGCCAAUCAUGCGCCGUGCUGUACGUGUGCCCGUGCCGUACCUCGACGUACGCACGGCACGUACGUGUACCCGGCCCGUCGAUCGAUCGCUCGGUCGGACCGUUGGUUGUUGUAAGAUCGAUCGAUCGACAGGGAUAGUGAUCGGCCGGGCUAUUGAAUGUGUGCGUGUACGUGUUAGGUGAAGCAGUGCUAGCAUCGGUGCAUCACCCAGUUCAGGGACAUGGAUGCUGCACCGUACCACUGAUGAGUCGUGUCGUGACCAUCCUAUAAUAGUUUGUGUGCGUUUCGGUGAUGAUCCGACGCUUCAGA